AUGGACUCGACAAGUACUGCCACUGGCGAUAAUGAUAUUGCCAGCCUUCAGAAUGACGAGGACAGAUUCCUUGCUAUCUAUCGACUUCUGUCCAAAUGGCAAAACCAACUAGAAUACUUUCUUUAUCAAUUCUGCAAAACUCACGCGCCACAGCUUCUUGUUGACUGUCACUGGUCUUGCCCCGAGGAAGCAGAGCUGACCCAGCUCAGUGAGAAGUUUACUGAAUACUUUUGUUUCCACAAUAAACGUGUCUUCCGUGACCAUGGUGUAUCUGAGGAGGAACGAGAGUCUUUCUGUACCAAGUUGCAGAGUGUUCGCCGAAUCCGAAAUUCCGCUGUUCAUCGGGUACACCCAAGCGCCUACACGAUUAGGAGUUACGCGAAUGAUGCUCUUGACGUUUUGAAGAUUGUGCAACGACUGGGAAAUGAAGAAUUCAAAAAAUCAUUCAACAACCCUUUAAACGAAAUCAUCCAAACAUUUUGGGAAAUCAACAACGACGGGAUAAUGGCAUCCCAGGGUCAUCCAGUGGCCCAGACCAAGCCAGAAUGCAUACCACUCCUUCCGAAAAUGGAACAGAAAGAAGUCAAUAUGAAACGUGGUCUCGAGGAUCAGAAGAUAGCCGCACAGAGAAAAGCCUUCAAUAUUGCGAAGGCGGCUGAAGAUUUCGAAGACUCAAAAAGGGCAAAAGAUGUACGUUUGCGUCGAGUUGAGCAACAGGAAGAAGAGGCUGAGCGAAAGAAGAUCGAGAAAGCUGAAAGAUUCAAAAAGCAAGAGGAAGAUGCGGCAGCGAGAAAGGCAGAGAGAGACGAGAAAGCAAAAGGGGAAUGCAGAAGUUGAAAGUGCAGAGAAAGCCGAGGAGUUAAGGAAACAAGAGGGAAAUGCAGAAGCAAAAAGGACCGAGGAAGCUGAGAAAGCAAGAGGGAAAUGCGAAAGCAAAAAGGGCACAGAAAGCCGAGAAAGCAAAGAAGAAAAAGAAGAAUGCGGAAUCCCAAAGAGCAGAGAAAGUCGAAGAGAGGAAUAGGUCAAAGAAUUGAGUUAACUUCAAAGGAUAUUAUAUGAAGGAGUUAGUCUUAGGCCAUGGCAAGACUCGAAGAAACAGAACAUAAGGAAAAAGCGAGU